AUGGAGGGGUUUGAUACCAUGGCCCUGCCCUACCUAGCGAGCCCGUUAUCCCUCAGCAACAUACAGGGCACCGACUACCUCAAUUCCAUGCCUGGUAUGGAUCUUCCAGACCAGCGCUCCAAUUUUGACUCGGAUACCUUUGUCAGCGGUGAUGACAUCCCCUUCCCCCAGCAUGGGUUGCCUGCGACAUUGGACCGGUUCCCAUCUAGUUAUGAAGAUCCCUUUGAUGUGAUGACGCCAUUCGAUCCCACGCCCCCGGAACAGCCCCCAGACUCGUCCAUCGACCGCAAUAACAAGUUGCUCGGUUUCUCCGUGCCCGUUUACAACUUCACAUUCCUUGAUUACUCGUUACGACGGACAUCCUUGUCCAUCGAUGCCCAAUUAACGGGCAUGUUCUUUCUGGCAGAGUCUCCAUGGACAACCUCCCCGAACGACAAUGCCCCACCGCAACAAGGUGCGGAGCUGACGUGCUAUCGUCGCAACUUAUUUCAGAUCUCAGGCACGGUAACUUUGCCGCGGGGGUUGCGCUACAUCAUGACGGAGCAAGGCGACCGAAUACCUAUCUUGGCCCAGGAGUUGACCGUCUCGGCCACCGAAUCGGUCGAAGGGAAUUCCGUCAAGAUUAUCUCGGUGCCCUGGAAGACCCCCGUCGCGAAUGGGAACCCGUCCGCCGAGGACGGUAGCAACCCCCGUGCCGCCAACACUGGCGCCAACCCCAAGGUCGAGAAAGAACCCCCACCGAUCCCGUUAGAUAUCAUGGCGGGUCAGAACAUGGAAUCUGACUACGCCGAAUUUUCCAUCGGGUGGAAGCGACUGCAGUUCCGUGUCGCGACCGCCAACAAUGGUCGCAGGAAGGAGCUCCAGCAGCACUUCGUCGUCCGUCUCAAGGUGGUCGCAACCUUGUCAACCGGCGCAAAGAUCCCCAUCUGUGAAGUCCGCUCUGGUCCGAUCAUUGUCCGGGGCCGCAGCCCUCGCAAUUUCCAAUCACGCAAAGACCUGCCGCUAAGUGGCAGUGCCGCUGCCUCCAGGAAGAAUGUGCAGGCCGCGCAGACGGCAGCCGUGAACAGGGCGGCUCCCCGCAAUGACUCUAUUUCCCGUGCCAACCCCACGGCCGCCAAAUCCAAGGCUCCGGCGAAGAGCACGUCGCCAGAGACCGCAUCCUCCCAAGCUGCCGUGGCGCCACAGCUUCCUUCUCCGGGGUGGACGCAGCAGGUUCAACAUCCGGGAGGGAGCGCACCCAUCCCGUCGGGGGUAUUGUCCCACUCGUCGAUGUAUUCGCAGCCUACUCCAGAAUUUUCCCGGCAGACAGACAAUCUACAGGAUACGAACACCGUGGCUGCCCCCAUCAACCUGACGCUCCUGGAUGAAGAGGAUGCCAGUAACCCCAUCGCCUUGCGCGAUCCGACAAGAUCUCGUUAUCCGAACGAACCGCCGCGGAAGAACCCCGCGGAUGUGGAUAGCUCGGCGCCCCCAACAAAGAUGCGCAAGGUAUCCCAUAGCACUUCCCAAGUGCAACCUAGGGAAACGACAUCUUCGUUACCCUUACUGGACACCACGAACAUGCAACAACCGUUUGCAUCGAGCCUUCCCUUCCCCAACGAGAGUGCUGAUAUACUAUAUGAGUAUUUCCCCCUGGGCUUGGACGACUGGCAAGCCCCUGUGGACGCAGUAUAUCGACCCCACGUCGUCCACCAUACCAACAUGCCCGACAUGAAGUUCGUGGCAGCGAGAGGUAGAAGCAAGCGGUAUUUUGCUGCGGAAGACGUCUUCUGA